AUGUCUGUGAGGUCGUCUUCCGGUUGCGAAUCUGAUGAAUCGUUCUCUAUCACCAAAUGGCUAGCAGAAAACCCGUUUAUUGCUUCCCCUGAAUAUUAUGACCCAAACCAGCUUAUUGUUCUACCUUCAGUUUCGUUUUCUGAUGUUCAAACUACCAAAAUCGUCUAUAAGAUAUCUUCAAGCACCCAGAUAAAGUUUAUUCUAGCUUCUGAAAUUUGCAGAGGCGUUCCCUCACAUUCCGACGCGAUUUCGAGCUUCCACCGCCCUCCAAUCGGCUUGGAAGCAACGUGGGCUUUAGUGGUCGAAUUCGUUCGGCAAUUUUCUCUCUCAACUAUGCAUUUAUCAGGUCAGGUUUUUGAGCCGACUGGCCUUCUGUUAUAUGGUCUCCAAGGGUGUGGAAAAAGCAAACUUCUGGAAAUUCUCACAAUUGGUAAUACGCUGUGUGAUGCGCACGGCAUUGAAACUCUCGAGUCAUUUGAUUGGUAUCGGCAACUUCAAUUCCUCCAGAUUUCCGAGCAUAAUUGCCCAAUUGUAAAUGGAAACACCAUCUCGAAUCCCUUUGAACUUCUUAUAAAGACGAAACUCGCGCACCGUCAUCAGUCCUGUUCUGGCGUUGUUAUUAUAAUGCCUGAUCUUGAUAUUUUGUCCCUGUCAUCUGAAGGCCAAGAAUCCAAUCAGGCGGACGAUCAACGCGACCAUGAUCCGUCAAGCUUUACUGCAAAAUUCUUCUUAUACUUAUAUAUGGCACUACGACACGCCAGCGCCGAUCUUCCUGUUUGUGUUUUGGCCACUAGCACGGAGUCGAGUGGACUUUUGAAACACAGGGAACUUAGAAACCUAUUUUAUAGGCAAAUUCUAGUGUCCCUUCCUGGUGGAGAGCAAAGGAGUCGCAUAUUGGCGGAAGAAGUGCGGAAGUAUUUGCACCAGGAACUCGAAGAACCCGUUAAAACUGAGGUCCUGCCCGCUUCCGUUGCUAGUCCAGAGGAAUGCAAACGAAUUUCGCUUUUUGCUGCCAAGUUACACGGCUAUACAGCAACAGAUCUCUCGCGGCUGUUGCGGGCUAGCUAUGCAGCGGCCGCUGAUAAAUGCAAGAAGCGGGAAAUUAGUAUCGAGGGCGACGAUAAUUUCCACCAGCCCACCGUCUCCCAAAUUCUUGAUGAGCUGGAACUGGAGACCAAGCACUACCGCCCCGUGAAUCUGUGUGCAGAAAUCUCGCUAUUCUCUCCUUUGUAUUGGACCGAUAUUGGGGGCUAUACUGAGAUUAAACGUCUUUUGUCCUCAACAAUACAACAGCGCUUAAUCGAAUCUUCUUAUCCCCUGGGUGAGGCUGCUGCGGUCAACAAACGCCUCGGCUUAAGUGUUCCUCGUGGAGUUUUACUCCACGGUCCACCAGGUUGCUCAAAGACCCUCUUCGUCCGUGCUCUGGCGACUGAGUGCAAUUUACCCUUGGUUGCAGUUCAGGCCUCAAGAGUUUUUGGUAAAUACGUUGGAGAUAGCGAGAGGAAUAUGCGGAGGAUCCUAGUUCAUGCUCGAGCCUGCGCACCGGCCAUUCUCUUUAUUGAUGAAAUUGAUCUGCUUUUGCCCUCCAGGAGUUCAAGUGAAUCUGGCGUCAGUGAACACGUUCUGGGCGAGGUACUGACGGCUAUGGAUGGUGUUGAAGGCCAAUGUGGACAGCUGAUAUUAAUUGCUGCCACCAAUCGCCUUGAAAAUCUCGAUUCGGCUUUGCGUCGGGCCGGUCGUUUCGACAUCACCAUUCAUGUGCCACCCCCUGAUCCUGAGGCCCGUACUGCCAUCCUUCUUCUGGAGCUUUCCAAGCGGGCUACUUCGUCCCGUGUGCUCAACAAAUCCUGGUUGGCGAACUUCGCCCGUCAGGAGUUGGAUGGCUAUACCGGCGCCGAGGUUGUAGCCAUUGUCCAGGCUGCAGCCGAGUUAGCACGUGAAUCACAUGCAACCGAAAUCGCCUGUCAACACCUAAUUUCUGCGCGUCACCGCGUGCCUCCUUCGACUCUCGAGGCUUACCUGAAACAGGUGAAGCAGGAUCACGCCGAUCAGACGACCUUAGAGGGGCUGACUAAAGCUGUCUCGGUUCCAGCAUCAUCACCGGACGGCGUUUCGGCCGCGGGAGCCACCAACCCCACCUGGAGACAACCUCUGACCUUCCAGCUCUACCUUACCGUCUCAGCAAUUCUGAUCGCUGUUCUGGCUAUUCUUAUGACUACUUACAUUGCUCUGGAAAAAGAGUAG